AACAAACUAUGUCUCAUAAUAUAAAUUAACUCAUUCAGAUCUGCAAAACGUUAGUCUUUAGUCGUCGUUCAACCGAAGACUACUUCUUAAAGUUUUUACACAACAAGCGCAAGUCCGAUAUCGCGAUGAGCUCGGCAAUAAUACGAACGCUUUGGUUCGCCGGUGUUUUGGUUUUCAUGUUUAGAGAGUCGCAAUCCGCCACCGCAGGACGACGCACUACCUUUUCUACAUCGCAAAAUACCGGUUCAUUCUCAAGUGGAAAAGGAAAAAAAGUCAUGGAGCCCGCUUUUGAACAUGCUGGGCAAACCCCAGGGUUAGAAAUUUGGAGAAUUGAGAAUUUCAAGCCAGUCCCAUAUCCAAAGAAAGAUUAUGGGAAAUUUUUCACCGGUGAUUCAUACAUAGUCUUAUUUACCAAAGAAAAAAAUGGCGUAUUUAGUUGGGAUGUACAUUUUUGGUUGGGAAAAGAAACGUCGCAAGAUGAAUCUGGAGCAGCCGCGAUAUUAACGGUACAAUUAGAUGACCAGUUGGGUGGAGGACCAGUUCAACAUCGCGAAGUACAAAAUCAUGAGACUCAAGUUUUCUUGUCGCAUUUUAAAAGUGGAAUUCGAUACGCCCCUGGAGGUGUUGCGUCUGGAUUUAAUCAAGUUAAUCGCGAUGAAUUUGAAACGCGGUUGUUCCACGUUAAAGGAAAACGUAAUGUUCGCGUUAAACAAGUUGAUGUAACUAUUGGCUCGAUGAAUAAAGGGGAUUGCUUUAUUUUGGAUGUUGGAAAAACUAUUUAUGUUUAUGUUGGCCCAAGCGCUAAAGGCGUCGAAAAAUUGAAAGCGAUUAGCGCUGCCAAUCAAAUUAGAGAUCAAGAUCAUUCUGGUAGAGGAAAAGUUAUUAUUUUAGAUUCAUCUGCUCUCUCUUCAGAGUACGAUGAUUUCUUUGAAGCACUCGGUGGCGGAAAUGCCGACGAUGUUCCCGAUGAUUCCGCAAGCAGCAGCGAUGAUGAAUUCGAAGUCGACGUUGAGAAAGGCACAACAUUAUCCAAAGUUUCUGAUAGCACAGGAAAAUUAACCAUCGACGCUAUCGGCACCAAACCACUUUUACAAUCAAUGUUAGAUAGCAAUGAUUGCUUCAUCUUGGAAACUGGAGGUGCUAACAUUUACGUGUGGGUUGGAAAGAAAUGCAAUGCUAAAGAGAAAUCUGAAGCGAUGACAAAAGCUGGGCAAUUUAUGGAAACGAAAAAUUAUCCCGCAUGGACCCGCGUACAAAGAAUCGUCGAAAACGCCGAACCAACCAGCUUUAAACAAUACUUCCAAACGUGGAAAAGUGCUACAGAAACUUAUAGUAGACUUAUUCGUUCGAUCGAUGAUGAACCACAAGCUAAAUUAGAAUUAAAAAGUUCCGGCGAAGCCCCAGAAUUUAUGCCAGACGAUGGUUCAGGUACCGUCGAAAUUUUCCGCGUGGAAAAUUUCGAACUCGCCGAUGUUGCGAAAGAAAAUUACGGAAAAUUCUUCGGUGGUGACUCUUACGUCAUCAGAUAUAAUUAUGACGGGAAUAAUUGGAUCAUUUACUUUUGGCAAGGUGAUGAUUCAUCGAUCGAUGAAAAAGCUUCGUCAGCUUUCCAUGCUGUUCGUUUAGACAACGAACUCAACGGAAAAGCAACCCAAAUUAGAGUCGUUCAAGGGUACGAACCAAAACAUUUCUUACACAUUUUCAAAGGUAAAUUAAUCAUUUUCAUGGGCGGCCACGAAAGCGGAUUCAAAAACAUUAAAGAACACGACACUUACGUUGAAAAUGAAACUCGUCUUUACAAAAUUCGUGGAACGAGUGACGUUGAUGUACGCGCAGUUCAACUCCCAGCCAAUUCUAGUAGCUUAGAAUCCGAUGAUGUAUUUAUCGUUGAAAACGAUGCUAACACUUGGAUUUGGUAUGGAAAAGAAUCAAACGAUAUUGAAAAAAAUCUUUCUGCCAAUUUCUUGGAAUUACUCGCCCCCGGAUCAAGUCACGUUGAUAUCAACGAAGGCGAUGAACCCGACGAAUUCUGGGAAGCUUUAGGAGGAAAAACCGAAUACAAACAAAGCUUCACCGAUGAUUUGAAACCAUUAUCAACCACCCUAUAUCAUGCCGCUAUUAAAUCAGGAAGAAAACUCAAAAUUGAAGAAAUCGACGAUUUCACACAAGAAGAUUUGGUUGAAGAUGACGUUAUGAUUCUUGACGCGAUCAACCAAGUUUACAUUUGGUCUGGAAAAGAUUCCACCCUCGAAGAAAGAGAACAAACUUACAAUUACGUUUUGGAAUAUUUAGCCAAAAAUCAUCGCCAAGGAACUAUUGUGUUCACUAUUAAACAAGAUUCAGAAACGGAAGCCUUCAAAAACUUAUUCCCAUCCUGGAAUGAUGAACCCGAAAACACCGUUGCAAACACUUUUGCUGCUUUAAAACAGAAGUUCCAAGAAGAAGAAUAAAAUUUAUAUUUAUACAUAUAUAUAUUUUUACAUUCAUGUUAUUGCUUACGUAUACAAAUUAAUGUUCAAUGUUUUAUUGCUUUUUUCUUAAAUUAACAAUAAAAAUAUUUUAUUUCUUU